AGUUUUACAACUACUGUGAUUAAAUGUGACGUAAACGACGUUGUUCCCUGGUUUAACUGUAAAAUGGCGUUUAUACCUCACUUAAACUCAGUGCUUACAAAACUGACGUAGAGCAGGACGGGUAAAGCCCGGUUAACCGAAGUUUAGCUGGUUUCUACCUGCUGUGACCCGAUUAAACUCCGGUUAACUCGAGUUGGGGAACCGGGGGUUAAAUGUACGUUGCUAAUCUUCUCUCUGCGGUCCGUGGAUUCGAACCGAAUCGAAGAUGCGGUCGAUCGGGUAUAACGCUCGUUCGAAUACAUUUUCAAGUUCGAUGUGAGUAACCAACGAUCCAGUCCGCAUUGAAACAAAUGGCAUCUUAUAAAAGAGGUGCCCAAAUGGCGGUCGUUGCCGGAAUGUUUGCGACGACCGGCAGCACGAUUGGCAAAAUGGCAGGCGAAGUUGCCAUGACGUCAUCGUUGUUUGUCCUACUGAAAGUAUUUCUCUUGGGGCUUAUGGUAACGAGCAACACCGCAGGAUGCAUGCUUUUUGUUAAGGCGCUUCAACAAAGCGAAUCGUCUUUACCGAUGACGUUAAUAACCUCUGCUACCAGUUAUUUCUGCUCGGCUCUGGUUGGUUUUUUGGUUUUUGGUGAAUCGACAUCGUUAACCUGGUGGGGUGGAACCACGCUCGUACUGUUGGGUCUUCUUCUCGUCUGUCACUCACCCGUCAAAGAUUUCAAGGAAAAAUCAAAGAAGGAAUAAUCCAGAGUACUGCGUUAUCUCAAAGUCAACUUACCCCUGGCUUCCAAAAGUGACUGGAAAUAAAUCUGUAUUUUAUGUCAAUUUACGUAAUUUAAUAAAUGUAUUUUUAUAUCAAAUA